UAUAGUUAAUGAUUUGAAAAUAAGUGAGAAUAGCCAAAAGAUGGCGGACCAAUAAAAAAUGACUUUUUGUGACCUGUCUCUGAUUGUAGUGUCUCUAGAUUGUGCGAAUCGAAAGCGCUAUUAGUAGCUUCCAGCCUUGAAUAAAACAUCUGAUUCGAGAUAACGAGUGUACUUAAUUUGACUUAAUUGACGAGACGACGUACGUCUUGAUGUACUUCGAAUAUUAACGGAAUCUGCCUUUUUAUGGAACUAAUGAUAUUAGCACAUGGUAUAGUUAUGAAGCCGUUGUACUCGUAAUCGAUCACGUAUGCGCUCGCUGAGAUACAUCGUCGAUCCGUGUCUGAUAAUUGUAACCUUGAAUAUAUUCGCGGGAAGCAGUAUCGAAAAUAAAGACGGAAAGUUUCGACGUCGAUCUACCGAUUCGAUUCGAUCCGCAGAUCUUAGAUCGCGCACGGGAGGAGCGCGCGAGGUGUUGGGAAGAAGUUGGUGCUAACCUAAGAUGCAAACAUCCGUGAACAUUGACGCGCUUAUAUUACUAAUUCAUCUGUCGUACUGGUCCUUCGGCACGGUAACAGCUAGCGGCGGGGCUCUUGAUUCUACUCCGACCUUCCAAACUAGUGCCUCGAGCACUCCACAUUCCAAAAUAACGGCCUUCUCUGCCACUCUUACCGAUGGAUUGGCCCAAGCAGUGGCUCAGGAACCUACUAUAGAUACCUGUAACGAUGACUUAGCUUGCAUCACUAUGGCUUCUCAUGAUCGAUUAGGUUUAGAAGCUAUAAAAUCUCUCCAUAGCCAAUUGGAUGACGAUGCGAAUGGAAAUGUUGAUUUAUCUGAAUCAGAUGAUUUUUUGAGAGAAGAACUGCAAUAUGAGGCUGGUUAUGAACGAAGACAAAGGGCUUUCCACCACAAUGACGAUAUGCAUAUUAGUGUACGAGAACUCUGGGAAGCUUGGUUGCGAUCAGAAGUUCAUAAUUGGACUAUAGAACAAACAUCGGAAUGGUUAACUUCCAAUGUUGAGCUUCCUCAAUAUGUUCCUACUUUUAUACAGCAUCGUGUAACUGGUGCUACACUUCCUCGAUUAGCUGUGAACAAUAUGCAUUAUCUUAGCAAUGUUUUGGGUAUUAAAGAUCCUAUUCACAAACAAAAAAUUGCCUUAAAAGCAAUGGAUGUUGUUCUUUUUGGUCCUCCCAAAGAUACUGGACACAACAUCAAAGAUUUAGUAUUGGUAACAUUAUUAUUUGGAGCACUUAUUGGAUGCUGGUAUGUCUAUCAACAAAAGAAAAAUUCACAAAAGCAUCUUCAUAGAAUGAUGAAGGAUAUGGAAAGUUUGCAUAAUGCGGAACUCGCACUGGAAAAUUUGCAGAAAGAAUUAGAGAGAGCAAGAAUGGAACAAGAAAGUGCAACUACUGAAAAACAGAAUUUAGAGAAACGUUUGCAAGAUGAAAGCUUAGGAUUACAUACUUCAUAUUCAGAUCUCGAAGUAUCGCAAUUGAAAGCGGAAAUUGAAAUGUUGAAAUUAGAGUUACAACGUGCUGAAGGUGAACUUGAAGACAGAUGCUGGUCACCACCAGCUGGACUGCAGCAUUGGCUACAAUUGACUCAUGAAAUUGAAAACAAAGCGUAUACAAAUAAAAAGAUAGCAGCUGAAAAGCAACUUCAACAAGCACGAGAAGCGUGCGAAAAAUUGCGAAAGAAACGUUCUAGCCUGGUAGGUGCCUUUGUUUCUACUCAUGGAAAAUCUAUCGAUGAGGUCGAUAAAAGCAUUGUUGAAGCAAGAACUGCAUUAAAUGAAGUAACAAAUGAAUUGAAAGAAAGAGUACAUCGUUGGAAGCAAAUUGAAUUGCUUUGCGGUUUUAAUAUCAUUAACAAUAAUGGCUUAAAUUAUUUAGAGGCAGUUUUAUACAGAGGAACACCUAACGGUAGAGGUCUUGGACUCAGAGGACGACUCAGUAGCCAAGAUGAUUUAGAUGAUGAGGCAAGUUCAGUGUAUGCACCAUCAGCGGUCAGUACAAUCACUGCAGGUAUUUUGGAGAACUCGACAUGGAAAGAGUCAUCGGUAUCGCCCGGUGGUCGAUUUGGAAACGAACUCUCCGACUCCUCGAGCAGUGAAGCGGAGAAAGAACCACACGAGGUUGUCCACUUCGUGUUAGGUGACGGAUCGGAGGAGUCCGCUGGAGCUUCCGAAAAGAUCGUAUCGUGCAAAGAAAAGUCAGGCAUUGUACGUUCUUAUAGCCAGGAUACAAAUAUACUGCUCAACGAAGACAAGACAUCGUUCCUGCCGAAAACAUCGUAUUCGGAAAAUUCGCUCGAUGUUUCGAAUAGACCCAGUUGUCGUCCCAUAACAUUAACGACUACGAUGACAACGGCGAUAAUGACAACAACGACAACUACAACAAGCAUCAAGAAACCGUUACGAGAAUUAUCUACGGUAAUGUCGGUCGACGAUGAGACUCUCUCUACUGAUUCCAAUUCUACCGCCGACAAUGACGAGCUUAAGCGGAGACGUAGGAAGCUACAUUUUCCAGCUUUUAGGAAGAACAAAACUAAAAUUACGUGAUGCUCGCUAGUCACAUAACAUUAUUUGUUACUUAACUACUAUCAGUUUCAUUUCGCGACGUGCACUUAAGAAUUAUUUUAUCAGUAAUUAUUAAUUAUUAGCUACUAUUAUUCACAUGCAUAUACACACAU